GCCUUGGCCACGGUGAAGGGGAGACACGCCGCUCCCUCUGCCUGAUGCACUCUCCCUGCCCUCCUCACUCCCCUCUUGGUCCAUCGCAAAUCCUCAACGCCGCUCCCCUGACCUGUGACCCCUGACCUCUCAAACUCCCCCACCGCCAUGCCCGCCGCUCCAGAAUGAAGCUUGUGUUGCGAUAUAUAGAAAAAACAUUACCCAAAGUGCUCUGUACAAGGCCAUAUGUCCCUGGCUCUAACUUCCUUCAGUAAAGACGAGAAAGACCAGCCGCGCCUUCUUCUCCGUGAAUAAGAUGGUCAAUGAGAAAUAGUUUACAUACAUGCGGCUGGCGACUUGUGCAGCGUGUGGUGGCGGUGGUGGUGGUGGUGGCGGCGGUGGUAGUGGUGCUGUGAUGGUGGUUGGUAGUGGUAGUGGUGGUGGUGCUCGCGGUGUGGUGGUGCUUGUGGUGGUGGUGUUGGUAGUAGUGCUGGGUGGGGAGGGGAGAGGUUGUGGUGGGGAAAGGUUACCUCGCUCGCCAUCACACGCUCGAGCUCUUCAAAAUACCCUUCCGUCAGCCCCAAGUGACAUGAAGCCUGAUGUGUUAUCCAGGUACCCCGGCCAAGAUGACUAUAUCAGCCCCACGAGGGAACUCUGGGCAGCUGACGGACGCUCUGCCCACCUCGCCUGCAACCUCACGUCGCCCCUGCCUCACGACACACCUCGCCUCGUGCUGUGGUACAAGAAAGGACUGCUCAAACCCAUCUAUAGCUACGACAUGAGGAACGGGCCGGCGCUACAUCGGAAGAUCAACUCCCACUUGGGUUCCCGCAUUACCUUCGAUGGCGCCCGGAAUGUUCUCGUCAUCCAGCGAGUCAGAAUCGGCGACGGGGGCAUCUACCGGUGUCGCGUGCACUUCAGGACAAACCCGACACUCACCUACACCACCAACCUGUCAGUGCUAAUCCCGCCGCGUCACAUGAUGGUCUACACGGAGAUGGGCGAGGAGGCGAAGGGAAACAUAGGACCUUACGUGGAGGGCGACAACCUCACCCUCCACUGCAGAGUACGAGGCGGCUAUCCAUCCCCGAGAGUCACCUGGUGGAAUGGGGAAGAGCUGCUCGACUCGGAGGUGGAAGAAGAAGAGACAGAGGUGGUGACGAACACGCUGACUAUAUCCCAUCUUACCCGGGACGACCUACAUAAGAAACUGACCUGCCAUGCCAAUAAUAACAACCUGACAGAGUCUCUCGCCACCACGAUCACUGUCGACAUGCACUUCCCCCCGCUGAUGGUGACGGUGAUGGGGGAACGCAAACCUCUAAGCGCUGGAAGACCGUACGAUAUCCAAUGCCUGGUAAUGGGAGCCCGGCCACCUGCCAUCGUUACCUGGCGCCUUGAUGAUGCCAGACUCAACACUCACAGUGAAAAGCUAACGGAGGAAGGGAACGUGACGAGAAGCGAGCUGAGGUGGACACCAAGCGUGAGGGACGAAGGCAGAGUCCUCGCUUGUCGAGCCGAAUCACCGACUCUCUCCACACCGCCUCUCACAGACCAGUGGAAGCUGCAAGUGUUCCACGUUCCAGUGACGAGGUUGCGGCCUGGUCGUUCCCUCAACCUGAGCAGCAUCGAGGAAGGGGACGAUGUUUACUUCGAGUGCUCCAUCAAGGCCAACCCCCCCGUGACCCAGAUCUCUUGGCUCCAUGAGGGUAAGAAACUAGAGCAUAACGUGACUGCAGGAGUGAUUAUCAGCAACCAAUCGCUCGUCCUGCAGAAGGUGACGAGAGAUGAGUCAGGGAACUACUACUGCGUCGCCACCAACAUCGAGGGUGACGGCCACUCCAACCCCAUCGUCCUCCGAGUCAAGUACGCUCCAGUGUGUAAGGAGGGUCAGGAGGCUUACCACGGCGCGGCCAAGCAUGAGGAGGUGCAGAUCCCAUGCCAGGUGGAUGCUCACCCUCUGCCGACCUCCUUCAAGUGGACCUUCAACAACAGUGGCGAAAGUGUUGACAUUCCCCAGACGCAUACGGAUAAGCGAGGGUGGCAGUCCACGGUUCGCUACACGCCAAACACGGAGCUGGACUACGGAACGAUGCUCUGCUGGGGGACUAAUCCUGUAGGGACUCAGCUCACCCCCUGUGUCUUCCAUAUCUUCCCCGCUGGCCGCCCUGACCCCGUUCAUAACUGCUCGGUGUAUAACUUGUCUGUGACGGUGGUGAACGCUCGCUGUGUGGCGGGCUUUGAUGGGGGACUCCCGCAAACGUUUAUCCUUGAACUCUACGAGCCUCACUCACACAAACUAUUAGCCAACGUAACCAGCAAGGUGCCGGAGUUCAGCGUACCAGGGCUUUCCGCCGGGCUGGCACUGAUGGGCGUUGUGUUUUCCACGAACGAGAAGGGGCGCGGCGAAAUGGUCUCUUUCCCCGCCUACACCAUCAAGGACGUUGCCGAGAGACGAACAGCUGCCGUGAAGCCUCCCCCCGCCCAUGACAAGAGCUCUACACCCCUCACGCUCAAGUCCAUUAUUGCUCUGGCGGUGGGCGGGGCCGUGGGCGUGCUGGUGGUGGGCGUGGUGGCGUGCGUGGUGGUGAAGCUGAGAUCAGAGGGCCGGAGGGACUGUGGAAGACAUCAGAGGCUGGUGGAGGGAGGUGUGGUGGUGGUGGAGGGGAGGGGUAAAGAGGAGGGAAGGGGAACGACGCCUCCUCCCUCCACUACCCACACCGCCACCACCCUCCAGGACGUGCCUCCACUUCCCCUUUCCUCCUCCACCGCAUCCUCCAGGGACACGGAGGAGGUGAAUCCUGAUCUCAUUCCACACACAGAAAGCGAGACGUGGAUGGCAGGGAUGGGAGGCGUGACCACUAUCAGCACAGUUACCCUGCCGCCAUCCUACACCACCCUGCCGCCCUCAUAUGCCACCCUGCCGAGAACCGCGCACCUGCACUCCCACACCUCUGCGUAUCAGCAAACACAGCAGCAGCAGCAGCAGCAGCAGCAGCAGCAGCAGCAGCAGCAGCAACAGCAGCAGCAGCAGGACGUGUGCAGCCUCACCACCACUACCGCCGCCGCCGCCACCACCACCAAGUACACCGAACUCGUGCUGACUGGCCCCACUCCCCCCAUUCCUCCCCAUCACCACCACCACCACCACCAUCACCAUGCCACCACCGCCACCCCUACCACCCCUCCCCCUCCUCCGCCACCAUCACAACGAGUCAUGUACACCUCGCCUGAUGCUCACCACCACCUCCACCACCACCACCACCACCUCCUGCACCACCACCACCAUCACCCACACUACCCACACGCACACCCACACGCGGCCGGCGGCUCUCCCUCCCGCAGCCCUCAGCCUCACCGCAGCGCCCAGCCGCUCCACGCGCAGGAGUCUUGGCAGCCGGCGGAGAGGCGGAUCGUGAGACGACACUCCCUUCGCCGUGAUCCUUAUAUGUGUCACGAUAAAGGAUCGCCGCCCCCUCCCCUCCCCCCACAAGGCCAGAAGGAGAGCUCCGUCUAGGCAAUCAUCCCCAAGAAUCCCUUCAAUCAAGUUCGCUUCACCUUUCAAGUCCACCUUAUCAAAACACUUUUCAAGGGAAUGUGCGUAUCCUGGACGUGACACUGCUACCCUCACUACUUCAGCUUCCCAGGGCAUCAGGGUAAGGAUGCGCCUCUAUAGCAUUGAAGGAACGCCUCAAACGACAAAGGGAUGGAGGCUUAAGGAUCCACCCGCCUGAUAGUGUGCGCGAGCCAUUUGUCUCUCUCUCUCUAUCCCCCAAAGUGGCCACACCGAUGCUGCAGGCUCACGUCCACACACUCCGGGCUGCCUUCCUUAUCAACUGAUCGAUUUCUUGCCGUCUUCCUUCUUUUACGCCGGCACAAACCAGGCCAAGGAACCAUCAUUCGUCUAUGUCUCUGCCUCUCGCCUCUCGCCUCCCCUUUCUCUCCUUUGCUAAAUCCAGCCCCUCCCACUCACUUAGUCUCUCUCUCUCUCUCUCUCUCUCUCUCUCUCUCUCUCUCUCUCUCUCUCUCUCUCUCCUUCUUAACCCCUAUUAUUACUAUUACUACUAUUACUGUUGCUGCUGCUGCUGCUGUUGCUACUGCUACUACUACUAUUGCUGUUCCUACUGUUAUUUUUCGAGUCCCAGAUCACAAGGUCCCAUUCAUGUGAAAACUGUCGGACGCAAGGACGUUCACGUGGUGUCACUCUUAAACCCCCACGUCAAUCAAACAUCAAACAUUACUACAGCGCCAACCCCGCCACCACCCCUAGCGAGGCUGUCACUUCGGCCAGUUUAGAGAAAAAAAUAAGAUUAGAAAAUAUAUAGAAAAACACAUCCAAAGGUGCUUUGAUCUCUCUCUCUCUCUCUCUCUCUCUCUCUCUCUCUCUCUCUCUCUCUCU